AGCGCACAUGGGCAACACGGGAACACAGCUGUGAAAGUUGAUAAGCGGCUUUAAAAUUCUAACUAAAAUAUCGCUGGAAAAGUUACUAUUGGAUUCGUACAUGUAAAAGAACUUAGAAAAGUAAUAAUAUAUAGACGUAUUUAUUUCAAAUGACCCGUAAAUGUGAAACAGUGCGUAAACUGUGUCGAGAUGGUCAUAUAAGCUUGUAUAGCUACCUUGGAACUGCAGCUUUAAUUCUCUUACCGUCCGUGCCACAAAUAUACUAUGGGAUUGUACCGAAUAUUUGGGGUGCAGUCCUUUGGGGCCCUGUGCUUUACUAUGCUCUAAUCAAUAUGAUUAUACGAUUUAUUCUAAGAAAAAAUGAUUAUCAGGUAGCGAUACGUGCAUCAUUGCUGGGAUUUAUACAAGCAGUUAGCAUACUAUUAAUACUUUUUGCACCAACUGUCUGGAAACAGUUUGGAGUAUAUGGGUUUUUCAUGGCGUUCUUUCAUUACUCAGAAUUCCUUGCGAUUGCAUGGUCUUGCCCUCGAAGUUUGUCCCUGGACUCCUUUAUGCUUAAUCAUUCAAUUCAUUAUGGUAUUGCAGCAGCUGCCAGCUGGUUAGAAUUUGCAUUAGAAGUCAGUUUGUUGCCAGAAUUUAAAAGCAAGUACUAUAUAUGGCUGUUAGGUGUUGCACUUUGUAUAAUUGGUGAAGUGAUACGUAAAACGGCCAUAAUUACAGCACAAAAUAGUUUUACACAUUUAGUUCAAUUUGAAAAAUCAGAAGAACAGAAACUCAUAACGCAUGGUGUUUAUGCCUACAUGCGUCAUCCAUCGUAUGUUGGUUGGUUUUGGUGGUCCAUAGGUACUCAAUUUAUACUUAUGAAUCCAAUAUGCAUUGUGAUUUACACGAUUGUUAGUUGGAAAUUUUUCCAUGAUCGUAUAUAUAUAGAAGAAGCAACUUUAUUGAAUUUUUUUCGUUCGGAUUAUCAUAAAUAUCAACAAAAAGUGCCAACAGGUCUGCCAUUCAUUGCAGGAUUUAUUUUGGAUUAAAUUACUAAUAAAGUAAACAAACACACACCCAUAAAGCAAGGAAGUCUAAUACAGUGGUUCCAAAUCAUGUGAAAAGCAAACACAGAAGAACUCAACCUCGGAAGCUAGACAGAAAUCAAUAGGUCCGAAGAAGAAUCAUAACAAAAGGAAAUAAAUUUCUUGUUGCUUUUGUUUACAUUAUAAACUUAAAACAAGUUGUUGUGUUAUCCUGCCCUGCCUCAUCGUAAGCAUUGUCCACGCAAAUACAUGGACGUAUAGAUGUGGCUGAAAUGUGGAGGAAUUCCAGAUUGUGGUUGUGCAAGUUGCUAUCAAAGAAUUUCUGCUGUUCUCAAUCUGUUUUCUAUGGAUUGCAUUUUUAUUCAAGGAAAGACCCUGGAAUAUGCGUUUGUGUACGCAUGUAAAGACAAUACGUGACGAAGAGAAAAAUGCGUGAAUAAAAAUUUUUGCUGUCCUGAAGUACAUUUCAAUGUCAUUUAAACUUUCUGUCGAUUGAAUUUCUCAUUUAGUGUGUAACGUUCCACAACAGUAAAAAAUA